GCGCUAUGCCCUGUUGACAUCGGCUUCAGCCAGCCCACUCGCUCCCAGCCAGCCGCCCACUUCCACCCUAGAACAGAGCAACAGGACACAGCGGCGGCUCCCCUCUCCCCCUCUCAAAUCUCCAUCAAAAUCGACCAGAUCUGAAGAAUUUUUCCGUGGAUCUCGCCCUCCAUCUAUCCGUAAAGAUAUUUAGUACCAUCUCUCUUUGCGGGUCCCAUCACUAUUUCCUUGGGUAAUUUGUAUGGCUGCCAUUUCAUUUGGUUGUCUGUUACUUGUGCGACUUCAGAGAAGGCACCAAUGCAUGGCAGACCGGUAGUUGCUUAGUAUCAGAUUCAAGUGUCUUAUCAAGUGGAGCCGACCAAAUAGUUUAGCAGGAUGAAACUUCUCAGUGAGCAUUACGAUAAGAAUCACCGUGGGCGGCUUAUGGCGGAGGAGAGGCAGAUGAUACAUAUUGAUAAUGCUGGUUCAUAUUCUUAGUUUAAAUGGACCUAUAAUGUUCUAACUUGUAUUUUUGCAGGUCUUUUUUCCACUACGCUUGAGGGCUCACGAAGCUUCAUCCAAUAAGAUGAAAUACGAUGAGCGGUACACACAGUACAUCGAGAGGCUAGGACUCCUUCCAUUCAUCCAGCUUGUCACUCGGUCGACGCCAAACAUGAACCCUUGUGCUAUCACCGCGCUUGUUGACCGCUGGAGGCCGGAGACGCACAGUUUUCACCUCCGAACCGGGGAGAUGACCGUGACUCUCCAGGAUGUUUCGAUGAUCCAUGCACUUCCCAUCGAGGGAAUUCCUGUCUGCUUUAGCACUGAUGCUGCUAACUGGCGCGAUAGGAUGUUUGACCUUAUCGGUGCGGUUCCUGCGGUGCCGGAUGACCCAACUAAAUACAGAGUCCCCGCUGGCGCGACUUAUGUUUGGAUCGUAUAACAUUUUAGCCAGUGCCCCGGCGAUGCUAGUGAGGAGAUGGUCCAACAUUAUACACGUGCAUACUUGUGGUAUGUGAUCUCGAGGACUCUUUUUGCUGACGGUGGUGGCAGGACCGCUCCGUGGAUGUGGCUGAAGGCGUUAUCUGGUUGGGAUAGUAAACAGAGCUGGGGUUCAGCGGCACUGGCCUACUUGUACCGUCAGUUGGAUGAGGCGUGUUGUAGGCACAAAGAUGAUGCCAGCAUUGGUGGUCCGUUGGUCCUACUUUCGGUUUGGAUGUGGGAACACUUUUCAGUUGGACGGCCGAAAGUGAUGCGUUACGACGCUUGGGACGAUCAUGAUAACCCGCUACGGAAGCCUACAUGGGCGUACAAGUGGGACAAGGUUUCGGAGUUCAACGGCGACCAAAAGAGAAUGUACAUAGACUACACCAAUGAGUUUGACGCGCUAACCGCCGAGCAGGUGACAUGGCAGCCAUAUGGACCGCAGGACAAUUUCACUUCCAUCCCUGAUUUCCAGUUGAACCCGAAAUGCACAGAGGAAUCACAUCUUUGGCAGAUGCGGUGCCCAUUGAUAUGCUUAUAUGCAGUCGAGCGCCACCUUCCACAACGUGUGAUGACUCAAUUUGGAUUAUUUCAGGAUACACCGCCGGAGUGGAAGGACACGAAUAUCGUGCUUCACGGCUUGGACAAAAUGAAGCAGAAGAAGAUCAAGAACUGGGAGUCAUAUCAUGAAAAGUACAUCAAGAAGUGGAAUUACUUGGUGAAGGUGGCUAAUAAUAACAGACAAGUACAUCGCCAAGUGCACGAUGAAGCUGCAUUUUACAAAUAUCUUCAAUGGUUUCUUAGCGAGUCUCGUGUGGAGUUAUGCCCGCCGGCUUAUGAUGAGAGCAUAUUGGAGGUGCCCACAGGUUUCGUAGAGACUACCAACCCCAACUACAACAGGCUCAUCAGAGAGGGCACACAAACCGGAUUUGCUCCUAUGAUCAACUUUAUGCGCACUGAGAUCUCGCGCCAGGUUAGUGAAGCCGAUCAAGCACUCGCACAACCUCGGGGUGGGAAUUCUGAGAAUGCCCUUAGAGAGUUUAUUAAGCGUAGCGCUACUCGGUUACAUUCGUUAGCUCAUCUUCUUGGUUGCCGUAUCGUCGAGGCCGACAUGCCCACCCGGUCGAGUUCCACUUCUUCUGAAGAGGAGGCGCCCGACGAGAUCACCCUGAGGGGGUUUAUCGAUGAUGCACCUCAGCCUAGUCAGCCUAUUGAGCGGCGCCACUUCAACUUAAAGCCUAGGAAGACCUUCAACCGUUAUACACCGGAGGCAUGGAACAAGAAACAAAAGAGGACCGUUGAUGAGUCCGUUGUCGAGUCCGAGAACGAGUUCGAGGACGAGGAGGAGCCGGCGCUGAAGAAGGUUCUGAGGAGGUUGAAGAGGGCCAGGGACGAGCCGGGGACGAAGAAGGAUGUGAGGCGGCCGAGGAGGAAGAAGUAGAUGUAUUUGUGAACUUGUGAACUAAUUGAACUUGUCACUUUAGUUAGCUUCUAGCUGUGAACUUCUCGUAAUUGUAGACUUGUUGUGAACUUUUGGUUGUGAAGUUUCUGUAAUGUGAAAUGAACUUGUCACUUUAGUUAGCUAGCUGUGAACUUCUCGUAAUUGUAGACUUGUUGUGAAAUUCUUGUAAUUGUUCUUUGUCAUUGUUGUAAACUUACCAAAUACCUGCCAAAGUUUUCUGGCAAGCAUAGCGCCGUCGAACGGGGCGCUA